AUGGGACUCGUCAAUGUCUUGACAACCGGCGCAAGCUUGGUCCUGACGGUGGCCUCUGUCUUCCCUCACGCGGCGGUGGCUGCAUGUGCCAACAUCACCAGGCCCACAAGCGUCGUUCUUCCUCAGGGAAGGAUCAAGGGCUUUCGUGAUGAUUCUCGCAAUGCGGUGUUUUUGGGCAUCCCCUUUGCGGCGACGACAGGUGGGGAGAAUAGAUGGAGAGCGCCUCAGAAUGUUCUGCGGUCAAACGCGACCUUCGAUGCGACGUCAUACGGCCCAACAUGCCCUCAGGCCAUCUCCGGCACUACAUUCAGCCAGCAGGGGGAGGAUUGUCUGAACUUGAACAUCUGGUCUCCUCCGAACGGAAAUGACCUGCCCGUAUUUGUCUACAUGUACGGCGGUGCUAUGGUGACCGGCUCCAACAGCAAUCCUCAGAUCCAGGGAACCAACUUCGCUCGCAAUGGAGUCGUUUACGUCAACUUCAACACUCGCGAGAGCAUCUUCGCCUCUCCACACUCUGCGGAGUUGAAGGAUGCCAACCCUGAAGAGUCCCAAAACUUUAGCAUCCUGGACGUCGAGAAAGCCCUUGAUUGGAUCCACGAGAAUAUCCGGGCAUUCGGAGGAAACCCCGACCACAUCGUCUUCGGUGGCCAUUCCUCUGGCUCAGUCCAGGUCGAUCACUACCUAUGGAACCACCCGGACUCUUGGCUCAAGGGAGCUGUGCAGAUGAGCGCCAACGCCAUGUCCGGUCCUGCCUACGCACCCGUCAACGAGGCCCUUGACGCCGUUGCUACCGAGGUCGGAUGCCCUGCUGGUGGCGACGGCCAAAUCGAUUGCCUUCGCGAUGUCGACGUCUACGCUUUCCAGACCACCAACUUCAACUCGACCUUCAACACUUGGUUCGCUCCUGUCAUUGACAACAUCACCCGCCAUUCCGACUAUGCUGCUCGUUUUGCCGCUGGCAAGUAUGCUACUCACGUGCCGCUCCUUACUGGUACCUCUAAUGGCGAGGGUACCAUCUUCAGUCUCGUUUACGGCGCUGAAAACACGAACUUCAGCUCCUGGAUCAACACAUUCGAUGCCGACAGUGCGCACAUCGAGGAUGCUGUUCUGAUCGAGGCAUACAACGCUUCAGCCUAUGGGACCGAAUCUCUCCGUGGCGGUGCCCAGUACGGCGACGCUCGCUUCAACUGCGCCGUAGACUACCUCCAGGACCUCCGCAGUGCCGCACAGGACACUUGGGUCUACCGGUUCUUCGGCGCCUAUGACAAUGUCGUCGGAGUUCCUGGCACUGCUCCCACUCAUGGCACUGAGGUCCCCUUCUUCCAUGGCGGCAAUGAGUGUUUUGAGGCUCUGUCUAACGUCACCGAGGCCCAGCAAGCAUUGGCUGACUCUAUCCACGGGUGGUUUGUGGAAUGGAUCAAGAACCCCGCUGCCGGUCCUGGGUGGGACAAGGUUGCUCCCGAGUCGGGAGCCCUCGUCAAGCUUGGCGUCCCCGAUGAUGAGCUGUCUCGCAUUAAUGGUUCUACAGACGAGUUCAACCAGCGUUGCCAAAAUGUUUACAAGCUCGCCUUCCCGAAGUACCCUGUCAUUCAGUCAGUCAACAAGCUGUUGUGA